GUACUCCUCGACGACGCACUGGAAUACGACGAGUAUGAUCGUCGUCGACGUCGUCUCGAAUAUGAUGAGGAAGAGCUUCUUCUUCUACGACACCUUGAACGAUCUCGUGAUGAGCUUCUCCGAGAACUGGACAUCUUCCUACGUCUGCGAGACCGAGAUCUAGAAGAACUCCUUAUUCGAUUUCGACGUGAUCUUCGACUACGAAUUGACCCUGAUGAUCGCCUUCUUGAAGGAGAUCGAGAGAUCGGAGAGGAUGACGACGACCUAAUACUUCUUGAAGGUCGCCUGGUACGGCUUCCACUUGAUGUCGACGUUGAUGAAGAUCCAGAUGAAGAGACUGACCGAGAUCGUAUCUUCUUGGAUGGCGCCUUAGAACUCUACAAAAGAUAA